AUGGUCCGAAAGGGAACCAGUGAAGGUGUGAUGACGUCCUCUAAAUUCACUGACAUUCUCUGUGACUUCGCAGUGGUGGGAGACAUGAGCGCGGACGUUCCGCGGAUGGAGCCAAAGUAUGAGCUAUGGCUUCCUAGGUCACUGGAACUCGAACCUGCCAUUCAGCCUGAUUAUUCCUAUGCUCGUCCCGAUGCGCGAAUCAUCGAGCGUCUACCAACCAGUGCUCUACAAAUGAACUUUGAGAGAAAGAGUCUUGAAGCUCCUAUCGCUAAACCGCCCCGCCCUAUAUUAGAGCUCGACUCUUUUAUCGACGUGACUACAUCCCAUCUUGACUACCUAACCAAAGAUCACGACCAAGCCAUAGAGAACAACGCCAAUUCCAAGAAUAUUAUUAUCUCCCCAUGUUGUCGAGUUCCUCGUGAAAUGCUCACCGAGAUAUAUACUUGGCGUUGA